CUUUCGCAGUUAGACGAGAAGACAAAAUAAAUUUUUGAUUUAUUACACACCUGUGUUUAACCAACGAGGCCGGUGGAAAUCGAAAGUAAAGCUGCAUGGGCCGGGUGGUGUUGAUCUAGCCCAUUCAUUUGCUUGAUUUAAUGCUGAAGGGAUUAUUAGUAGGAUCACUUUGCAAAAGUUUUAGACGUCUUGCGUAUUACUCAUUAACAAGAUCUUUAGCAAAAGGUCAAGCUCAAUUUCUUUCACCAGCAAAAUAUCACCAAAUACCUUUGAUUUUAUCGAACAAAAUGGCUGACGCAACAAAUGAAGAAGGAAAGCCUUUGUCUAAGAAUGCAUUAAAGAAGUUGGAAAAAGAAAGACUGAAAGCAGAGAAAAAAGCAGAAAAGAAGUCUCAAUUAGAAGAAGAAGCUGCCAAACAGUCUACUGAGGAUGUUAGUAAAGGAAGGUAUGGUGAUAUGGAGAUGGUACAAUCUAAAGAAAAAACAAAGAAAGUGUGGACCGACGUUUGUAAACUCGAUUUAUCAAAGAAGGGAGAACGAGUAUUAGUUCGAGCUAGAUUGCACACCAGUCGGGGAACAGGUAAACAAUGCUUUAUAAUGUUGCGCCAGAGACAAUACAGCAUUCAAGCUUUGGUUGCUGUCAGCGAAAAUAUAAGUAAACAGAUGGUGAAAUAUACUUCCAACAUUGCGAAAGAAUCAAUUGUUGAUGUCGAAGGAACUAUUGUGGCAGUUGAUCAGAAGAUUACAAGUGCCAGUCAACAAGAUGUUGAAAUUCAAAUAGAAAAGGUAUUUGUGGUGAGCAAAUCAGAUCCUCGUCUCCCUUUACAAAUUGAAGAUGCCAGCCGUCCAGAAACAGAUGAAUCUUUGGCACACGUCAAUCAAGAUACAAAGUUGGAUAAUCGUAUUAUUGAUUUAAGGACAGUAACAAAUCAAGCAUUGUAUCGAAUUCAAGGUGGCAUUUGUAAGUUAUUUCGAGAACAUCUUGACGCCAACGGAUUCACUGAAAUUCAUACCCCUAAGAUUAUAUCAGCUGCAAGUGAAGGGGGAGCUAACGUGUUUAAAGUGUCUUACUUCAAAGGCAGUGCAUAUUUGGCGCAAUCUCCACAGCUUUACAAGCAAAUGUGUAUUGCUGCUGACUUUGACCGAGUGUACACUAUUGGAGGAGUGUUUCGAGCUGAAGACAGUAACACCCAUCGACAUUUGUGUGAGUUUGUUGGUCUGGAUGUUGAAAUGGCGUUCAAAGAGCAUUACCAUGAGGUGAUACAAACAAUAGGUGAUAUGUUUGUAUCCAUUUUCAAAGGAUUGAGAGACAGAUAUGCUGAUGAAAUCGAGACAGUUGGUAAACAAUUUCCAUGCGAGCCGUUCAAGUUUUUAGAACCAAGUCUUGUGCUCACAUUUCCCGAGGCUGUAAAGAUGUUACGAGAAAAUGGUGUGGAGAUAGGAGACGAAGACGAUUUAAGUACACCCAACGAGAAGUUUUUGGGAAAAUUAGUGAAAGCAAAGUAUGAUACGGACUUUUACAUAUUGGACAAAUAUCCUUUGGCUGUGAGACCGUUUUACACCAUGCCUGAUCCCAAUGAUCCGAAAGCAAGCAAUUCCUAUGAUAUGUUCAUGCGAGGUGAAGAAAUUUUGUCCGGUGCUCAGCGAAUUCACGAUCCUGAUUUUAUAACAGAACGGGCAAAGUAUCACGGAAUAAACAUUGAAGAUAUCAAAUCAUACAUUGAUUCGUUCAGAUAUGGCUGUCCACCCCACGGUGGUGGAGGUAUUGGACUGGAACGAGUUUUGAUGUUAUAUUUGGCGCUUGGUAACAUUCGCAAGACUUCCAUGUUUCCUCGUGAUCCAAAAAGACUUACACCAUAAAAAACAAGCACCUAAUGGCAAAUAGGAAGUAUUACUUGACAUGUAUUACUGCAUAAAUAGAUAAAUAAAUGUGUCGAAUUAGUCA